GCGAGGAGGAGGGGCCGGAGGCGUGAGCGAAGCCGCGAUGAGAGCCGUGUUGACUUGGAGAGAUAAAGUUGAGCAGUGUAUAUACGACCUCGCAUUUAAGCCCGAUGGAACUCAACUGAUUUUGGCUGCAGGAAACAGAUUACUGGUUUAUGACACAUCUGAUGGCACCUUACUUCAGCCCCUCAAGGGACACAAAGACACUGUGUACUGUGUGGCAUAUGCGAAGGAUGGUCAGCGCUUUGCUUCUGGAUCAGCUGACAAAAGUGUUAUUAUCUGGACAUCAAAACUGGAAGGCAUUCUGAAGUACACGCACAAUGAUUCUAUACAGUGUGUCUCCUACAAUCCCGUUACCCACCAACUGGCAUCUUGUUCCUCCAGUGACUUUGGAUUGUGGUCUCACGAACAAAAGUCUGUCUCCAAGCACAAAGCAAGCAGCAAGAUCACCUGCUGCAGCUGGACAAAUGAUGGUCAGUACCUGGCUCUGGGGAUGUUCAAUGGGAUCAUCAGCAUUCGGAACAAAAAUGGUGAGGAGAAAGUGAAGAUUGAGCGACCAGGGGGCUCUCUCUCCCCAGUAUGGUCCAUCUCCUGGAACCCUUCAAGAGAGGAACAUAAUGACAUCAUGGCUGUAGCUGACUGGGGACAGAAACUUUCCUUCUACCAACUGAGUGGAAAACAGAUUGGGAAGGAUCGGUCACUGAAUUUUGACCCCUGCUGCAUCAGCUACUUUAGUAAAGGGGAGUACAUCUUGCUAGGGGGGUCAGACAAGCAAGUAUCUCUUUUCACCAAGGAUGGAGUGCGGCUUGGAACUGUUGGGGAGCAGAACUCCUGGGUGUGGACGUGUAAAGUGAAACCCGAAUCCAACUAUGUGGUGGUAGGCUGCCAGGACGGCACCAUUUCCUUCUACCAGCUUAUUUUCAGCACAGUCCAUGGGCUCUACAAGGACAGGUAUGCCUACAGGGAUAGUAUGACCGAUGUCAUUGUGCAGCACCUGAUCACUGAGCAGAAAGUUCGGAUUAAAUGCAAAGAGCUUGUCAAGAAAAUUGCCAUCUACAAAAAUCGAUUAGCUAUCCAACUGCCAGAGAAAAUCCUCAUAUAUGAGUUGUAUUCAGAUGACUCAUCAGACAUGCAUUACCGGGUAAAGGAGAAGAUUGUCAAGAAGUUCGAAUGCAACCUCCUGGUGGUGUGUGCCAAUCACAUCAUCCUCUGCCAGGAGAAACGGCUGCAGUGCCUGUCCUUCAAUGGAGCGAAGGAGCGAGAGUGGCAGAUGGAGUCUCUCAUUCGUUACAUCAAGGUGAUUGGUGGCCCCCCUGGAGGAGAAGGUCUGUUAGUGGGCCUGAAGAAUGGGCAGAUCCUGAAGAUCUUCGUGAACAAUCUCUUUGCUAUCGUCCUGCUGAAGCAGGCCACAGCCGUGCGCUGCUUGGACAUGAGUGCCUCCCGUAACAAGCUGGCUGUGGUAGAUGAAAACGACACAUGCCUGGUGUAUGACAUCCAUAGCAAGGAGCUGCUUUUUCAGCAUUGCUCUGAAAACAGUCUUUUUUUUCCUUUUGAUGAAAUCCUGCAGUCUGCUCCGAUGUACCAGUACCUGGAUAGGAAAAUGUUCAAAGAAGCCUACCAGAUUGCUUGCUUAGGCGUGACAGACGCUGAUUGGCGUGAGCUGGCCAUGGAAGCUCUAGAGGGAUUAGAGUUUGAAACAGCAAAGAAGGCCUUCACCAGAGUACAAGACCUCCGAUAUUUAGAGCUCAUCACCAGCAUUGAGGAGAGGAAGAAGCGGGGAGAAACCAACAAUGACCUGUUUCUGGCAGAUGUGUUUUCCUACCAGGGGAAGUUCCAUGAGGCCGCCAAACUGUACAAGAGGAGUGGGCACGAGAACCUCGCGCUCGACAUGUACACUGACCUCUGCAUGUUUGAGUAUGCCAAGGAUUUCCUUGGAUCUGGAGACCCCAAAGAAACAAAGAUGCUAAUCACCAAACAGGCUGACUGGGCCAGAAAUAUCAAUGAGCCCAAAGCUGCUGUGGAGAUGUACAUCUCAGCAGGAGAGCAUAUCAAGGCCAUCGAGAUCAGUGGCGACCAUGGCUGGGUUGACAUGUUGAUCGACAUCGCCCGUAGGCUGGACAAGGCUGAGCGUGAGCCCCUGCUUCUGUGUGCUGAAUACUUCAAGAAGCUGGAUAACUCUUGCUAUGCUGCCGAGACCUACCUGAAGAUCGGAGACCUGAGGUCCUUGGUGCAGCUGCACGUGGAGACUCAGCACUGGGAUGAGGCCUUCGCUUUGGGUGAGAAGCAUCCCGAGUUUAAGGUUGACAUCUACGUGCCCUAUGCUCAGUGGCUAGCAGAGAAUGAUCGCUUUGAGGAAGCCCAGAAAGCAUUCCACAAGGCCGGGCGGCAGGGAGAAGCAGUCAGGGUGCUGGAGCAGCUCACACACAAUGCUGUGGUGGAGAACAGGUUUAAUGACGCCGCCUAUUAUUACUGGAUGCUGUCCAUGCAGUGCCUUGAUAUAGCUCAAGCAGAUCCUGCACAGAAGGACGCGAUGCUCGGCAAGUUCCACCACUUCCAGCACUUGGCUGAGCUGUACCACGGCUACCACGCCGUUCAGCGGUACACGGAAGAGCCGUUCAGUUGCCAUCUUCCUGAAACCCUUUUCAACAUCUCCAGGUUCCUGCUGCACAGCCUGACCAAGGACACCCCCUUGGGUAUCUCUAAAGUGAACACGCUCUUCACCCUGGCCAAGCAGAGCAAGGCCUUAGGUGCCUACAAGCUGGCCCGGCACGCCUAUGACAAGCUGCAGGGCCUACAGAUCCCUGCCAGAUUCCAGAAGUCCAUCGAGCUGGGCAGCCUGACCAUCCGCUCCAAGCCCUUCCACGACAGCGAGGAGCUGGUGCCCCUGUGCUACCGCUGCUCCACCAACAACCCAUUGCUGAACAACCUGGGCAACGUGUGCAUCAACUGCCGCCAGCCCUUCGUCUUCUCUGCCUCUUCCUAUGAGGUGCUGCACCUAGUUGAGUUCUACCUGGAGGAGGGAAUCACUGAUGAAGAAGCAGUCUCCCUCAUUGACCUGGAGGCACCAAGACCCAAGCGGGAGAACAAAUGGCAAGAAAUCACAAGCAACAAUUCCCAGACUCUGCGGCUGGAUGAGACCGUGGACUCCGUGGGAGACGACGACCCGUUCACGGCAAAGCUGAGCUUUGAGCAGGGUGGCUCGGAGUUCGUGCCCGUGGUGGUGAGCCGGUCGGUGCUGCGCUCCAUGAGCCGCCGGGACGUCCUCAUCAAGCGCUGGCCGCCGCCCCUGCGGUGGCAGUACUUCCGCUCGCUGCUGCCCGACGCCUCCAUCACCAUGUGCCCCUCCUGCUUCCAGAUGUUCCACUCGGAGGACUACGAGCUGCUGGUGCUUCAGCACACCUGCUGCCCCUACUGCCGCAGGCCCGUCGACAACCCCAGCCCGUGACCAGUGCCCGCGGGACCAGCGCUGCCUCCGCCGCCUUGCUGUCUGCUGGGCUGUGGAAGGGAAGAAAGAGUUAAGCUGUCAGAA